AUGUUCUCCUCCCGCCCAAAACCCAAACGCCCAUUAGCCAUCAGCGACGCCGUACGCUCGGGUGCCGGCCUCCCAGACAGUAAACGUCCUAAAUUUGACGUCCGAAACCCGAACGAACUUGCCCCCGACGCCCCAGACGAGGAAGACGUCUUCCUAGAAAUCGACGAAGGCGCCAUCGGCAAGCGCAAAUCAAACCGUAACAAGGUUGACAUUGAAGGCUACGAGAGUGAUUCGUCAGAAGAAGGCUUCGAUGCCACGCACAAGACAUGGCGGAAAGACGAGCCAAAAACGGACAAGAUGGCGGACGAAGGCGACGACAUGUUUGCUGAUUUCAAGAGCGAUGAGGAAGACUACGAUAAUAAAGAGGGUGAUUCGGGGAAAGGCCGGAAGAAGGAUGUUAAGUUUAUGGAUCUGGGGCAAAUUGAGGGGCAGGAUUUCGAGAGUAAGAGGGAGUUUGUCGACAUUAUCGAUGAGGAUAAGGGCCGGGGUGAGGGUGAGGAGGACAGUGAUGACCAGGACGAGCAGGAGAUCGAUCCCGAAAUUGGGGCCGGCGGGAAGAAAAAGGGUGCUCCCAAAAUUGAUGCGUUCAAUAUGCAGAACGAAAUGGACGAAGGACGAUUCGACGAAGCGGGGAACUUUAUCCGAAAGGCUGCAGAGAAGGAUGCGGCGCAUGAUAGCUGGUUGGAGGGCGUGAGCAGAAAGGAUAUGCGGAGGGCGAAAGAAGCAAUGGAAAAGCGCGAGGCCGAGAAACGGGUGAAGAUGAAGGAAGACGAUGCAGUGCCCACAAGCCAGGUCCUUGCAGACCUAAUCCCCUGUUUGGAAAAAGGCGAGACGAUCCUCGAAGCACUUGCGCGCCUCGGUACAGCGCGCAAAAGGAAAAAGAACCAAAUCAACAAGAACUCAUGGCGUCAAAAGAAGAAGGCCGCCGCAAACUCGGAAGAAAUGGAGGUCGACAAAGGAAAAGAUCCCAUUGACCCAAUUGAAGCCCGCCGGAAAGAAAGGGUCGAACAGAUCACUGGCGCAGCCGAUCGAUUAUUAACACGCGGACAACCCGAGAUCUAUGACGAGUCCCGUGAGUCACUAAUGCGACAAUACCGUCAAGAAACGGGAGAAGACUGGGCCGAGUCGAGAGCACCGGUUACAGAGGACACUACGGAGAAGCAAUGGGAGUUUAGAUGGACAGAUGGGCGGGACGGUGGGGACACUCAUGGGCCCUAUGAUAAGUCUGCUAUGGCCAGUUGGAAUCAGCAUGGCUUCUUUGAUCAAGGGGCGGAGUUUAGGGAAGUUGGUGGGAAUUGGACACUUGUUUCCGACUUUGAUUAACAGGAGUUGUAUUAGUUUGUAGGAUAGUAGCACAGAGUUGCCGGUAAUU